AUGAGUGUUAGCCCGCCUGUAAUGAAACCUAGCGGGAGCGCGCGUGUAGGAAGGAAGGGAAGGAAGAAGCUGAGGCAGAUCAGUCGCCAGCGGAGCCCAAGACGGUGGAUGAACGGAGCCGAGAGUGUGUGUCGCCCUUGUCGUUUUUAUACAGCAGCUGAAAACAGCGUCCGGCAGCUCAAAACCUGCCCGAAAAUGAUGCUCAAACUCGUCCAUCUCCUCGGGGUGCUCGUCUGCAGCAGCCAAGCCGCCCUGCAGGUGUCCAUAUCCUUGAACAAAGUGGAGUUAAGUGUUGGAGAGUCCAAGUUCUUCAUCUGCACAGCUAUUGGUGAGCCGGUGAGGCUGGAGUGGUACAACCCUCAGGGCGAACGCAUCGUCCCCUCCAAGCGGAUGGCGCUCCACACAGAGACAUCCCGAUCCCGGCUCAUCAUUUACAACGCCAUCAUCGAGGACGCCGGUAUCUACCGCUGCCAGGCCACUGAUGCCAGCGGUCACACCGAAGAAGCCUCGGUUGUGCUGGAGAUCUACCAGAGGCUGACGUUUCGGGAUGUUCAGUCACCACAGGAGUUCCGCCAUGGUGAGACGGCGGAGGUGGUGUGUGAUGUCAUUAGUUCACCGGUACCUGCGGUGGUGUGGUACUAUCAGGACAGAGAGAUCACCGAGGAGCAUCACAGCAGGUUCCAGGUGCUGGCAAACAACAACCUACAGAUCCAUCAGGUGACCAAGGCUGACGAGGGCGUGUACCGAUGUGAGGCCAGCGUAGAGGCCCGUGGCGAGAUCGAUUUUGUGGACAUCGCUGUGGUUGUUAACGUCCCUCCUGUGCUGUCGGUGUCCCAGCAGUCCUUCAACGCUACAGCUGACUACCAGGAAUCAGUCACCUUUACAUGCAUCACUUCUGGAUCUCCUGACCCUGUGGUCACAUGGCACAGGAAAGGGCAGCAGCUGGAGCCAUCGGAGCAGUACAUUUUGAACAGGCUGGAGGGAGGGCGGGGCAUGUUAACCAUCCGCAACAUCCGCCAAGGUGACGGGGGAACCUACACCUGCAAGGCCACGAACAAGGCAGGGUCUCAGGAAAGAGAGAUCUUCCUCAAAGUGUUCGUCCAGCCCCAUAUCACCCAGCUGAAGAACGUGACAGCGGUGGAGGGCAGCGCCGCCAUGAUCUCCUGUGUGGCUGAGGGCGAGCCUCUGCCAGACAUUUCCUGGAGGAGAGCCAGCAACGGUCAGACCUUCGUGGACGGAGACAAGAGCCAGGACGGGCGUUUUGAAGUUCGUGGUCGUCACGGAAAGUCGGUGUUGACGAUCAGCGGGGUGAAGCUGUCGGAUUUGGGCCGCUUCGACUGCGAGGCGCUCAGCAGGAUCGGAGGCCAUCAGAAGAGCAUGUUCCUGGACAUUGAGUAUAUACCAAAGUUCCUGACCAACCACACCAUCUAUUAUUCGUGGGAGGGGAAUCCUGUGAACAUAAGCUGCAUUGUGAUGUCCAACCCUCCUGCCACCAUGCUGUGGAGGAGAGAGCGCUUAACCAUCUCUGCAGAGGGCACUGCUAACACACGAGUACACAGUGAACAGGGCAAGUCCGUGCUGGAGGUGACUCCCAUGUCCGACAGGGACUUUGGACGCUACAACUGCACAGCCCGGAACAAUAUUGGGGUUCGAUACCAGGAGUUCAUUCUGGCACAGGCAGAUGUACCAUCAAGUCCAUACUCAGUGCGUCUGUCAGCCGUCUCGCAGCGCUUGGCCACCGUCACAUACAUGAAGCCCGACUCUCAUGGCGGCGUGCCCAUCAGUUACUACCUGGUUCAGUACAAGGAGGUGGGCUCACAGGACUGGAGGGACGUCAAGUCACACAGUGUACAGAUGACAGUGGUGCUGACAGGACUGGAGCCUAACACGACAUACGAGGUUCGAGUGGCGGCUGUCAACGGAAAGGGUCAGGGAGAGUUCAGCCACAUGGAGACCUUCCAGACUUUACCCAUCCGAGAGCCGAGCCCGCCUGCCGUCCAUGGUCAGAGAGGAAUGGGCAAGGCCUACAGGCUGGGGCUGGUCAAGCAGGAUGAUGGAGGCAUGCCCAUCGUGGAGUACAUAGUCAAGUACAAGACAGAUAAAGAGGAACAAUGGAUGACCAAGCUAGUCCCAGGAGCCAAUGAUUUUGCAAUGCUCCAGCCAUUGCAGUGGAACACGCGGUACGAAGUAGAAAUCACAGCUCGCAACGUCAAGGGUCUGUCGGAGCCCACCUUCUAUCAGUUCUUCAUGCCACAGAAACCCGACAUUACAGCAGAAUCCCUGUUCAGCGGCCUGGGGCUGGGGGCGGUGGUGGGCCUCGGCCUCGGAGCACUGCUGCUGUUCCUCGUGCUGGUGGACGUCAGCUGCUUCUUCCUGCGUCACUGUGGCCUGCUGAUGUGCAUCACACGCACGCUGUGCAGCAAGAAAACAACCACCAGCGGCAAGGGCAAAGAAAUAGAAGAGGGCAAGGCUGCCUACCUGAAGCUACCACUGAAGGAAGAAAAUGGCAAAGAGUCUCUCAAGCCGGAUACGAUUGAAAUCAAAGUGCACAGUGACAACAGCAUCCACACAAAGCCCGACGACAGCAAAGCGUAA